AUAUACAUGUGCACGUAUAUUCUGCCGAAUGCAACGUCUCGAUCGAUCAAGAAAUCUGCGCUUGCUUUGCGCUAACAGUAAACACCAAACAGCGGUGGUGAUGAUGGGAUCUCAUCACAGGUCGAAGACAGGGGGGCUCUUCGGCAGAUGCAACGCGAUCGAGAAAGAGAUGAGGCGACACUCCGUGAGCGACGCGAAGCCCGCAAUGCAAGAGGGGUGUCUUGAGAAGCUGAGGGUCCACGUGCUCACGGCAGGCCAAGGGGAUCGCAACAACUUCGUGCCGGGGAGGAAGUCGUUGCCGCAUAUCGAGACGAACGCAGCGGACGUUGCUGCGGUGCUGAGGGUGAAGGUGGUGGCGGCCGACAUGCCGCCCUUCAUGCAACUGCACGCGUUCCGAUGCGCCAGGCGGGCCUACGACACCCUCGACAAGUUCAGCUCCAGGCAGAUGGCCCACGACAUCAAGAAGGAGUUCGACAAAGCAUACGGGGCGACAUGGCAUUGCAUUGUAGGGACGAGCUUUGGAUCAUUCGUGACGCAUUCAAAUGGUUGCUUCCUUUACUUUUCAAUGGACAAAAUACUUGUCCUGUUGUACAAGACCAAGAUCCGCAGAGCGUAGAUGUCUAAAGAUGCACGCCACGGAAAAGAUAAUGUUUAUAGAUGGGGAAAAUUAAUUUUCUCAGCGAGUUUGUAUAUCCAAACAGUGGUUAAAUAAUGAGAUCAGCAGAACAUGUAGAACUUCA